AUGGGAGGGCAGAUGGGGGGCUGGACGGCUGCUGUUGGGUUCUGUGCCUCGUUUCCGAUGCCGCUCGGACGCUGGCGCAAGCAAAAAGUGUCAAAAAGAAUUGUUUGGGAAACUACAGCAGGUGCACAGAGCUCAGAUUGUUUGUUGGAAACCACUACGAGGAUGAAGAAAACUAAUGGAAGCCAGCAAUACGUGUCGAAGGGGAACUUCGGGCACGACCUCUCGAACUCAUUCUCAAACAUGAGUCUCGAGCGAGGACACGGGAAGAAGGGGGAGAAAAGCGGGGUGGAGGCAAAUGUGUACGUGCACAAGCUGUCGGAGUCGGUGCCGCAGACAGACGUGUUGUACAAGCGGGCGGCUGGCGGGGGCGGCGGCAGCGUGACGCUGCCGGCGCCGGCAAUGCAGGACAGCGAGACGUACAACGACGCAGACGACGAGAAGGACACGGGCUCGAACACGGGGUCGGAGUCGGUGUCGGCGGAGUCGGAGCUCGGGUCGUCGGACGUGGGUGAACGCUCAAGCAUCCCGAUCCGGUCGCUCCCGGAGUUCGAGAAGAUCGCCAAGUCGCUUCUCCGGCAGAUCAAGGCCAGCCGCAGCGAGGCAAAGCAGAACCGAGACUUGGCGCAGCAGUUGUCGAACGACUUGGCCACCGUCACCCAGAGCAGUGCCGGCCGCAAGGCGUCCGCGGCGUCGGACUCGCUGCAGAACUUCGAGAACAUUAUCAGCUUCUACGGCAAGAAGUUCGAGGACAUGGACCGAGCCAGCAAGGAGAACGUGUCUCGCAUGGUGGAGCUGGAGGACACGUUCAACAACAUCCAGCGGUUCCAGAGCAGCGUAUACCAAAACCACCUCAAGGAGCUCGACACGCAGAUCUCCGAGAAGAACAGGGAGCUCCACGAGCUGCGCAGAGACUACCAGCAGCUGGAGCAGUGGGUGCUAGCGCUUUUCAAGGAGGUCGGGGACCGCGCAAAGUCCUGGAGCAACCACGAGUUCGUCUUGACCACCAACGAGAUCUCCAAGUCCCUCAAGCCGCCAGUGAAGAAGUCCAACCUCGAGAUGCUGUACCGGUAUCUUGUCCAGUUUCUAUAUCUGGAGGAGGCGGAGGAGGGUUCCGGUUGA